AUGGGCACCCAGACAGAGGCAAAGGAACAGUUUAUCUCGAACUACUGCGAUGAGUUAGAGAAGUCCCUGAAGGACGUGCAACGCUUUGUGAAAGAAAAGAUUAGUGAGGCACAGAGGAAGCAGAAAAAGGGAUACGAUGAUCGCAACAACAUUGACAAAAGCACGCCAUUUAAGGUGGGAGAUCGGAAUUGGCUCAACGACACAGCGGUUCCAAAAGGGCUUAGUCGAAAGUUCCACCUGCAGUGCUCCGGGCCUUACAUGGUCCUAAACCGUCUUGGUGGCACAAAUUACCACAUUAAGCCCGAAUCAGGAAAUCGGAAAUCUAAAGUGGUCCACCGCAAUCGUCUGAAAUCAGCUCCUUGCCGACCAAGAGUGGAGGAAGGCAUGUCCACGUGCUCCCCGAAAGAAACCCAACAUACCGCAUUGCAGACCAACGAACCGAUGAUUCAUCAUCAAGAGAAUUUAAUCGUGCAGCCUGCCCACCAAGAGAGGACUAACACGCUACGAAGGUCCACCCGUCAGCGUAGACAACCGGACAGAUAUCAGGACUAUAACCUAGAUGAGGUAGAGAUCGAGGACGCUCUCAAUUAG